AUGGAAGGACUCAAUGCCUCGGAACAGCGCGAGUUCGCCGCUCGCAUGGAGAGGAAGCAGCUGAAGGAGUUCAUGACCAUGUACUCCAAGCUUGUCCAGCGCUGCUUCGAUGACUGUGUCAAUGACUUUACCACCAAGUCCCUGAUCUCCCGCGAGGAGGGCUGCACCCUCCGUUGCGUGGACAAGUUCCUCAAGGGCUCUCAGCGCCUGAACGAACGCUUCCAGGAGCAGAAUGCCGCCAUGAUGCAGAGUGGCCAGAUGCCCGGCCGGUAA